GUCAGAAGCAAACGCUACCAUUCUAUUGAUCUGAACGCUUGGCUUUGGUUGACUCUGAAACCUGUGUACAGAUUAUUGAGUGAUUUUGCUGAAUUUAGCAAACAGUUUGCUACUUUAAGCUACUUUGACGCACUGUGGACAGACAGACGGUUUAUUCAGACCACAAAUCUUUUUAGACCAAGUCUAAACACAGUCUGCAGUCUACUUUUAACAUCAUGUCUCGCCCUUUAACGUCUUUCAUGGACAAGGAAGGAGCAGAUGUUGCAAAGAUGGAUUUUUGCCUACCCAAUGCUGUGCCGAACUUUGACACUGAGGCGAAAAGCCCAAAAACAGUGUUUAAAGCAGAGAUGGAUGCUUUUCUAUCGAAUGCUUUUCUGACAUUUGACAACAUCUUAAACACUGAAUCAUUGUCAGAAGUCAUGCACGAUGCUGGUAGUGCGAAUCCGUGUGGAGUUGAGGAGGAUUCUCCUGCAAAUGCUGGGGCGAAAAGCCCAACAGUGUUUGAAGCAGAGAUGGAUUUAUUCCUAUCGGAUGCUUUUCGGAGCUUUGACACUGUCCUUACCACUGGACCGUUGUCAGAAUUCGGGAAAGCUGCCGGUAGUGUGAAUCCGUGUGGAGAAGUUGAGGAGAAGGAGAUGGAGAAAGUUUCUCCUGCCUAUGCUGAGGCAAAAAGCCCAACAAUGUUGGGAAGGAGUUGCCAAGAUAGUGGAAUGGAUUUUGUCCUGCCGUGUGCUGUGGCUGACAGUGUCCUUAACAUUGGAUCUCUGUUAGACAGACACAGAGGUAGUUCAAUUCCACAAGGACAAGGAAAGGAGUUUACUCCUACUUUUGAUGGGGCGAACAGCCCAAUAGACAGUAACAUCAGUCCGGACCAACGAAAGACGUCCUUUGACCGGGCCUGGAGGGGCAAAGUGGAGCCAGUGCCGGCUCCACAGCUUGAAGCCGAUCCAGCUAUCCCUGAUGUUAGGGAAGUGGUUGAUCUGGCAUUCUGGUCAAAGACUAAGAUUGGUCCGAAGAAACAGAAACAAAAGGCUUCGAAGAGCCGUUUAUAUGACCUCCAGGGAGAAAAGACUGUUGUUCAAGCGCAACAUGUCGAGGCAGAUUCAGCUAUUCCUGUUGGUAUGGAUGGUGCUGAUUUUGCAUGCCCCGAAUCGAAUAUAUGUAUUCGUACGGAAAAACAAAAGACUUGGAAGAGUCGCUUAUUUGGCUGGUUCCAGAGGGGCAAUUUGGAGUCAGUGCCGACUCCACAGCUUGACGCCGAUCUUGCUAAUCCUGUUGGAAGGGAUGUUGCUGAUCUGGCCUGCCAUGAGGCAAAAACUAAGAUUCGUCCGGACAAACGAAGGUCAAUGAAGUGUUGCUUCCUUGACCGCUUCCGGAAGAGCGAUGCGGAGUCAAUGCCGACUCCACAGCUCGAUGCCGAUCUUGCAAAUCCUGUUGGAAUGGAUGGUGCUGAUCUGGCCUGCCAUGAGGCAAAACCUAAGAUUCGUCCGGACAAAGGAAAGUCGUUGAAGCGUUGCUUCCUUGACCGCUUCCGGAAGAGCGAUGUGGAGUCAGUGCCGACUCCACAGCUCGAUGCCGAUCUUGCUAAUCCUGUUGGAAUGGAUGGUGCUGAUCUGGCCAGUCGUGAGUUAAAUCCUCACAUCAGUUUUCCUGCCAUCGCUAAUGCCAGCCUAGAAAAUUUAGGUGCCGUUCCACCCAAUGUCGGGCUUAAAGGUGGUGGAAAUCCAGAUUCAAAUAGACCACAAGCAAUCGGAAAUCCCCGAACCCCUGUCCCAAAAGAUGCGGGAAAUCCUGUCCCAAAAGAUGCGGGAAAUCCUGUACCAAAAGAUGCGGGAAAUCCUGUACCAAAAGAUGCGGGAAAUCCUGUCCGAAAAUAUGUAAAAGUUGUUAGGCCGAAAACUUUUAAUCUUUUUAAAAAGCGAAGCAACAACCAACAAGCCGAUCCUGAGCCAGGUCCAUCAGUGACUACAGAGACCUUUGAGUCUAAAUAUCAACUGUUAGAGAUGGAUGUGAUUGGGCAAGGUAGCUUUGGCGUAGUGUUCAAAGGGAUCCGUCAAACGGAUGGGAAUCUGGUUGCCAUCAAGCAAAUGAUGAAACAAAAGAAGAAGGACAGAUAUAUUCAGAUUCCUGGAUAUCCCCAACCGCUGCUAACAGAAAUAGCAUUAAUGCUAAGGUUAAGAGAAAGUUACCAUUGCCCAUAUAUCAUCGAGAUGUAUGACUGGUAUGAGACCAGCAAAAUGUUCACAAUUGCGAUGGAGUAUCCUCAGGAGAGCCAAUCCUUGUGGAGUUUUGUUUACAAAUACAAACUGAGUGAAAGUGCAGCACGACAUCUGAUGUAUCAGGCCGUACGAGCAGUUGAACACUGCCUGAUGAAUGGUGUCGUCCAUACCGACAUACAUCCGGGGAACUUCUUGGUGCAGAAGAAAACAAUGACGUUAAAGUUAAUUGACUUUGGGCUUGGACAUCUAUUUAGGUUUGAUGGCCAUGCUUCCAAGGACUUUAGAGGAGCUAAAGAAUGCACACCGCCUGAGGUUCAAACAAAUAAGAAAUUUUUUGCCAGGCCAGCAAACACCUGGGCCUUAGGUGGUAUGCUAUAUUUCAUGAUGCAUGCAGCCUACCCCUAUCCUAUAAGCGACUUGUAUGCGGGUGAACCAAAGAAAUAUGAUGAAGGCUUAUCAAAGGAAAUCUGUGAACUGAUAGACUGGUGCCUGGAUGUGAGACCAGAUAGACGUCCAUGGCUCCACCAGAUCCUAAGUCACGACUGGUUCAGAACUGAAUGGAUUAAUGAAAAACCGGAAUUCAAACGCAGAAAGAGUAAAAGAAAAGCCACAACAAAGGCUGAAGAGGCUGAAGGAUAAGGGAAUGAUGGGAGAUGCUGUUUCAUCAUCCAGAGACGUAUGGAGUUUGCUAAUCGUGUUUCCGGAUAAGUUUCUACAACCGAAAACCAAGAAUACCAUGGACAUUAAGUCACUAACAGGGUGACAAUUACAAGGGAGACAAGAGACGAGCCAUUAUUUAAAACAGGAAUUUCCCUGGAUUUACAAAUCCAUGGGAACUUUACAGUUGUAUCCCAUGGACACAAAUGGUUGGCUGAACGUCUCAAAAAGAUCCUGUCUCAUCCUUGAACACAAUUUUUUGUUUUAAUAGUAUAGUAUCUUAAUAUAUAGUAUAUCCUCUAUAGAAUCCGUUUACAUAUAUAUGUUUAUAUAUAUAUAUAUAUAUAUCUCCCAAGGGUUUUUUCCCUCCUAGGACUUUUUUCCUCCUGGCUAAAAAUGCGGGAGGUUUUUCUCCUAGGGGGUUUUUUCAACCCCGGGGACUCAGCCGACAUUGGCUUAACUUAGCACCUUCUUCUGUCCGUUACAUCAUUAACACGCUCGCUUGUAAAGUUUAUUCAUACCUGCUGUAUUUAUUUUUAGCAAAUCUAUUUAUGAUUAGCAAAAACCCUCCCAAGGGUUUUUUCCCCUCCUAGGACUUUUUUCCUCCUGGCUAAAAAUGCGGGAGGUUUUUCUCCUAGGGGGUUUUUUCAACCCCGGGGACUCAGCCGACAUUGGCUUAACUUAGCACCUUCUUCUAUCCGUUACAUCAUUAACACGCUCGCUUGUAAAGUUUAUUCAUACCUGCUGUAUUUAUUUUUAGCAAAUCUAUUUAUGAUUAGCAAAAACCCUCCCAAGGGUUUUUUCCCCUCCUAGGACUUUUUUCCUCCUGGCUAAAAAUGCGGGAGGUUUUUCUCCUAGGGGGUUUUUUCAACCCGGGGACUGAGCCAACAUUGGCUUAACUUAGCACCUGCUCGCUUGUAAAGUUUAUUCAUUGCCGCUGUAUUUCGCUACUUAUGUUGUCUGUCGAUUUUUCUGUGUUUUCCCCUGCUUAAAGCUGGGGGAAUUAAAGCUGCUUUGAAAAAGCACUAUAUAAAUAAAAUUUAAUUUAAUGAAUAAAAUUUUUUUUUUAAAGAAUCAGCUAUUUCUGUCUCUUUCUCAAGUUUUUUCCCCCUCUGAGUUUAGGGAGUAAGCUGACAUUGGCUUAACUUAGAUCUCUCUUCUAUACGUUGCAUUAUUACAAUGCUCAAUAGUUCAGUUUAAUCUUAGCCGCUGCACCUUGCAACUUUUGUUUGCCCAAUUUUCAGUGUUUUCUCCGGCUUUAAUUAAUGUAACGCUGCUUUGAAUUAAUUAAACAAUUGUGAAAAGGGCUACAGUAUAUAAAUCAAUUGAAUUGAG